UUAACAUUCCACCAGACCACUCUGGCACCUCUGAAGGAGAAACUCAUUCUCAUACACACACACACACACACACACACUCUCUCGCAUGCACACACACUCUCACUCCUGUAUGCCCUCACACACUGGUAUGGCACUGCAGUGAGGCGCCUGUCUAUCAUAGCCUAAGUGAUCAUCCUUUCAGAGCCAAAAAUGCCUAUUCUAAAGAAGCUCCCUGGCAGGUCCAGGAGUUACAAUGGCACAGACGAGAUGAUGCUGAAAAGUAACCUCAGCAAUGUUGAGACUAACCUGCAGAAUAACCACGGAAAUGGGGAGCUCAUCCUGCCCCCAUCCAGCCUCAACCCCUUUGAAGAUGCAGAGUCGGACAUGGGCUUCAGUGAGGUGAUGUCAUCACGAGAAGGCGAGGCACUAGAGAACGAGGUCAACGCUGAACUUCACGGAGGAUCAAAGGUCACGGAGAGGACAAAGGGCGGCCUUCCCCUGAGAGGGACCUUAGAACGUAUCUGCAGUUCCUCCACGGUGAGGACGCUGGGCAAACUCAGCAAAGGCCUGCGCAUCACGGGGCGGAACCUGCGCAGCUCCACCCUCCCGGCCACACCCGCUACUGCAAAGGAGAAGAAGAAAAAGAAAAAUCACCGGCGAGCAUCCGAGGAAAUCAUGACCCUGCUCAGGCUGGCGGGUAGGAGGAAGAAGAGCGAGAGGAGGGAGAGUCUACCUGUGGGAGAUCUGAACGGUGAGGAUGACGAGGAUGCUCACCGGAGGCCCUCGUUUCUGCGCAGCCUCAGUAAACUCCGCGGAGACUCGCUGAGUAACCGCGACUCGCAGGAGGCGGAGCGGGAGAGCCCGGAAGAGGAGCCGCCGGUCAAACGCAGAGAACCGCUUUCAGUCCUAGAAAUUCUGCAGCUGGUCAAUCAGCGGGACCUCCUCCUGGCUGACACCCACAUCCAAGAGCUGGAGAGAGAGUGUGCUUUGGACCCCAACAUCUUUGCCCAAACUCCACCCAUUGCAAGUACACCCACUGCCAUAACCCCUCCACCUCUCUCCUCUCCUCUCCGGCUCCCCCUGGUGGCGGGGCUGUGCGAGGAGGAGCCCCCCAGCCCAUGGGACGCGAGGCUACGCAAGAUCAAAGAUGUGGAGCUUCUGUACGAAGCACUGCAAAGGGAAAUGUGGGACGUGGUGCGUGAGUCGCUGCGCCAACCAUGUGCCGGACCACAGCUGGGACUGGUGGUCCUCGUCAUUCAGCAGGAGGAGCAUGCUGAUCAUGUGUGGGCCCUGCGCCAAGAGGCCCAGGCCAACCUUUGCGAGGAGGACCAGCAGCUCAAAGAAGUGGACAAUUUUGACCAGCGUGAGGGAGCCCAGUCUGACCUGUUUGAGGGGACCCGUCCGAACAAACGCCCUCGGAAGCUUAGGCAGAAGUGGGCGGAGGCAGUGGGCGAAGCUGCCGAUUGGUCGCUGCCACAGCCAGGGGGUCUGGCCGCAGGGCAGAUGGCUGUGUUCCUGGAGCGUCUGAGGGGCCGUGUGGUGGAGGACAUGGAUGCAGCCAGGAGAAACGUGGUGGCGGUGUAUCCGACAGAUUUCAAAGUGUUACAGGUUUACAUGCAGAGUUACCACAGAGCUGUGGCCAGACGCCUGAAGACCAUCACUUCUGGACCUGUGCAAAUCACUGAUAUCUAUUCACUGCUGGACUGGAUCUACAACAUCUACAACAGGGACGUGUUGGCCACAGUCAGAUCAAUGGGCUCUAUAGACUGCUCUUCUCUGGAGCCACUGUUACCCCCAGAAGUCAUCGACAGGCUGGAAGAGGAGUGUCUCAACACCGUCUGGGAUAAGGUAACAACAGAGCUGUCUCGGGUUCUGGAGGACGAGGAGAAGAGGUGGGCUCAGACGCUGCACAUCGAAGAAUACCAGUCUGGUCUCGCACGUUCAAUCAUACAGAGGUUGAAGGUUGACCUGGACAGAUCCACAGGUGUUAGCCAGCUGUUGGGGGCUCGAGUUGCCAGAUGCACUCUUAAUGGACUGGCUGACUUCCUGCACAGUUUCCAGAGAAAAGUAGAGAUGUUCCAUGAGACGCAGGCAGAGUUUGGAGAUUGGGGUGAUGGUUACCUGUCCCGGACAAUCGCACUGGCUAACUGUGUUCCUCCAUUCAGGAGUUUUGUGGGGCGCUGUAGGCAGUGUGACCCUCUAGGUAGUGAAGACUCAUCUCAGAGAGCACACGCAUCCCUCGAACGUAUCAUCAACCAGUCUGUACGAGUUCUAUCGGACCAACUAUUCGAAAACAUCAGGCCCUUCUUUGAUAAGCUGCUGAGGAAGAAAUGGCUGAAUAACACUGAGGCCUAUGAGAGCAUUGAGGCCUCCAUUAAACAGCACUUUAAAAAAUUCCGCAGAAUGGACUGUCCACCUUAUCAGACGCUGGUGAAUGAGGUGCACAGGCGGGUGAUGGUGGAGUACGUUCGUGCCAUCAUGAGAGGGAGGGUCAUCUGCACGUCACUCAAAAUGAGGAAGAAGCUGGCAUUCCGACUGCAGGACGAAGCAAAACAGCUCAAAGCACUCUUCAAAGACCUGGAGUCUACCUGUUCGUGGCUGGAUAAUGUGAUUGGUCACUUGGCUGACAUCAUCCUCCUGGAGGACACGCCCUCUAUUCAGAUGGAAGUGGGAGUGUUGGUCAAAGAGUUCCCAGAUAUACGGAGGAAGCAUGUUUCUGCUGUGUUGAAUGUGAGGGGCAUGGUCCAGCAGUCUGAGCGUCAGGAGAUACUUGCCGUCGUCCGGGACUUUGAGACCAACACUGAUAUGCCCAGAGACCACGCUCUGUUCUCUGAAAUUGUAGUGGCAACAGAUAUGCCCUGUCUUGGACUUGUUCUGAUCCGUUUUGCACUGACAGUGUCAUCGUGGGUGUCCAGCGCUCGACCCCACAGGAGACACACUACAAGGAGCACAAACCACAAAGAAGAUGAUGCCAAUCAACAUGUUGUACAAGUCAACCAGUAACCAGUUAACAAGUCAACAUAUUACACAACUGCUCAAGACACACACAUCAGUCCAUAAUCAGUCAAUCAGUUUAUGUAAGUUAGCCAGUAACAAGUAAAAUGUAAUGCAAGAUAACUUGUAACCAAUCACCACAUUGCACAGUCCACCAGUGAUCAGUAAACAGGUUACACAAUGUACUCAGUAACCUCAGUAAGCAUGCAACAACAAUCAACCAAAAAACAGUCAAUGAAUUGUACAGCUCUGGAAAAAAAUAAUUAAGUUCAUUUCACUUUAGUUUCUAAAUCAGUUUCUCUGAUUUUGCUAUUUAUAGGUAUAUGUUUGAGUAAAAUGAACAUUGUUGUUUUAUUCUAUAAUCUACAGACAACAGUUCUCUCAUAUUCCAAAUAAAAAUAUUGUCAUUUAGAGCAUUUAUUUGCAGAAAAUGAGAAAUGGCUCAAAUAACAAAAAAGACACAGAGCUUUCACACCUUAAAUAAUGCAAAUAAAUCAAGUUCAUAUUCAUAAAGUUUUAAGAGUUCAGAAAUCAAUAUUUGGUGGAAUACCCCUGGUUUUUAAUCACAGUUUUAAUACAUCUUGGCAUGUUCUCCUCCACCCGUCUUACACACUGCUUUUGGAUAAAUUUAUGCCACUGAUGGUGCAAAAAUUCAAGCAGUUCAGCUUGGUUUGAUGGCUUGUGAUCAUCGAUCUUCCUCUUGAGGUUUUCAAUUUGGUAAAAUGUUUAAGUGGUCUCUUUUUUUGCAGAGCUGUACAAGUCAACCUGUAACAAAUGAACAAGUAACACAAGUCAACUAGUAACAAGUCAACAGAUUUCAUCAGUAGGUUAAAGUUAAGUCACCUUGUUACACAAGUCAGCAAGUAACAAUUCAACAAGUUACACAAAUCAAUAAGAAAGCAGUUUAUGCAAUAAACACAUCAGCCAGUAACAAAUAAACCAAUCAGACAUUCUUGAACCAGUCACAAGUCAUCAUGCUACAAGUCAAUAAAGUAACAAGUUAACACAUUACAUAAUUUAUCUAGUAACCAGUCAACAUAUUACAACUAGGGAGCCAGUUCACACAUCAGACACAUCAGUUUUUAUAUGAGCAAUAACAUGCAGUGUAUUUCUGCAAGCAUUAACAUCCAAGCAACCUCUGGAGAAAUGCGCCGUCAAGGAAUGUGACGGAAGACAGAAAAUCUGGCGAAGCAAAAAAGAAGAAAACAGACACAAGCGUGUCCUGCACUUUUUUUUGAGACAUGCAGAACUCAAACAGGAAGUACUCUCCAUUAUUAACACAGCUAACAGGAAGUAGACUUACUGACUGCCAAGUCAUCAGUCCCUGUGACUGUCACAACUAAUGGAGACAGAGCACCACCCCAAGUCCAUCUAAACAAUGGGGUGCGCUUUUGAAAAGAGACAGGGUCUCAUCUCAGUUAACCUUAUCAGCACCCCCGCACCUAUUGUAUUGUUAAACUGCUGGAAAAUAAUAUCUAAAAAGUAAACGCUUACUUUGAUAAAAGUGUUUAUGGGUUCCUGCUAUGAUCAAGUAUCAGCCUGUUUGAGACAAGAACAAGUCCCUCCCUUGCACAGCGAGCUGAUGGCUUGGUGCUGUGGUUCACAGGCUGAUUAGCAAUGAGCAAUUAUCAUUUUAAUGUUAUAUGUCAUGUUAUGCUAAUUUUUGUGAGCAUGUAUGUAAGGAAAACAGCACAAGGUACUGCUCAUUCCCAAUUCCACUGAUAUGUUUCACCAACAUUGUACGCUUAUUUUAACGGUUAUGUGUUUGGAAGAUUUUUGUCAUUUUGUCAAGUUUAAACCGAGUUCCGGUAAAACGAGUGUAUGGAGUUGAUAACUUAAAUGUCCAAAAGACUGGAAUGGAGCAACAGUAGAGGGCAGUCGUGGGAGAAAUGGAGUUUUGUUGUUAUGGAGUGGCAUCUUGCUGUGACUUUAUGGCAACACCUCCUUCUUCUGGUCUCCAGAAAGAAUGAAAAGGUGGAAGUAAUCAGUGUUUGGGAAGGAGGGAGGUUUCAGGAAAGAACAGUCAGUACAAGUUAGCAGUAGCAGAUUCAAGGAAAGGUAGAUGUAAGUGCAUUAUGUUCACUAUAUUCAGAGGUUUUGAAUCUCAGUAUCAUAAACUAGAUGCUAGAAGUUAAUUUAAAAUGUUUUAAAAUAUCUUAUAUAUUUGAGUUUGUUUUGGUAAAAUGACAAAGAAAAUGAUAUUAUGUAAAUAAUACAGCACAAUUGUGUAUUUAUAUAGUACAGUACUUUACAUAUUAUAUAUAUUGUUGUGUAAUCGGCCUCAGGAUUUCAUCAAAAGGCACUGUGGAUUUUAAUUUGAUUAUAACUUCAUGCUACAAGUUUUAGUCAUUUCAACUAUUCUUAAUUUUUUUUGUUUUCAUUUAUUUUUAGUUUCAGAUUCAAUACAAAAUAUACUUCUAAUUAAACAUAAAAUAAAAAAACAAUAGAUACAUAUACUUGUAAAUUAUCAACCAUAUUUGUUCUGCAUUUUUUAGACAUGGAAUAAAAUUUGAAGCAGACAUUUGAAAUCAGAUUCAAAAGCAAAUUUGAAUUCAGAUGUUAAAGUGAGAUGUAAAACUGAAUUUGAAAUCAGAUUUAAAAUAAAAUAAAAUAUCAUAUCUGAAGCAACAUUUGAAGAUUUAAGUUUGACUACAUUUUAAUUCAGAAAAAAAACAGGUUCAAUUCAGUGUGAAAUGACAUUUCAAGCAAAAAUGAUUCUGAAAAUGUCACACUUAAUUGAAAAACAAAAUUUAAUACAUGUCUAAUUGAGUUAAAUAUGUGUCUAAAGCAACAAAAAAAAGAAGAAAAUUUAAAAUCGGAUUAAUUUAAAAUCAGAUUUGAAUACAAUUUCAGACCACAAUCUGCAAUAUAGUGAUUCUAAGCUUAUGACUGGUAGUGUGUGUGGGUGGGUUGCUAAAGGUAAAAGAGGAUAAAAGUUUUCCGGCAGGGUCUUCCAAACUUCAGUCAUAGCGUAACCUUAAUCAUCAUUCAUGAUCAUCAUCAUUCUACGAAGUGAAGAUGUCACUUUCAUAUCGGCUCUGGAGAAAAUGCUGUGAAGUGGAACAGUUGAAGUGGAUCUUCAAAUAAAUGCACAAAUAUUAUUUAGAAUGGAGAUAAAGAAGCUGAGCACUUCAGGAAUUCUUAUAUAAGAGCAAUUUAGCAUUAAAUACUUAUUUUAUGAACAUUUUAGUCAUAUUAGUAUACAUAUUCUUGCUGGUCUUGAAAUGCAAUAUCUUUUCAAUUCUUUUGCCUUUUACAGUAUCUAUGUACAUUUCUUUACAGUGACAGUUGAAU